GGCGUCCCGAGCGCAGAGCCCGCCAGCUCCCAGGCAGGCGAAGUGGGAGCCCCGCGCCGGCCGCCCCGCACCCCGCGUCCUCGCCGAGCCCUCCGCCACGCGCGGCUCCGAGCCCACCGACUGUGGCCAUGGCAUUCGCAAGCUGGUGGUACAAGACGCAUGUCAGCGAAAAAACAAGUGGAUCACCUUCCAAGUCAGGAGAAAAGAAAGGAGCAGAUGAGAAAAAAGCAAGAAGCCUUGAGAGCAGUCAACCUUCCAGAACCCAUGCUGGUGGAACAGCCCCAGCCACCAAGGCGUCAGCCUCUUCUGCUUCUACCAGCAAGUCUUCCAGUAUGAAUCCCACAGAAACCAAGGCUAUUCCAGUCAGCAAACAGACGGGAGGACAGCAUUCUCCUAACAAGAAAAGACACAAAAAACAGGCUGCAAAAACAGAACCUGAAAAGAAGUCACAAUCAACUAAGCCAUCUGUGGUCCAUGAAAAAAAAACCCAAGAAGUAAAGCCAAAGGAACACAAAGAGCCAAAAAGCCUACCCAAGCAUGCAUCAGAUACGGGAAGCAAGCAUGUUCAUAGUGAAAAAGCAGCUUCUAGAUCAAGUGAGCAGCUGACAUCAGAGAAAUCAACAAAACCAAAGACUAAAGCACAGGAUUCCGUUUCUGCCGGUGGGGAGAGUGUUGUUGCAGGUGCAGCUGCAGCUGCAGCAUCUGCCACAGCAGCUAACAAGCAGAAAAAAGAAAAGAAAUCAUUAACAUCGGCUGUACCAGUUGAAUCCAAACCGGGUAAACCACCUGGAAAGUCAGACAUGGAUGCUGCUUUGGAUGACUUAGUAGACACUCUAGGAAAACCUGAAGAAACUAAAGAAGAUAAUGUACCAUAUACUGGACCUGAAAUUUCAGAUCCGAUGACUUCCACCUACAUAGAGGAAUUAGGUAAAAGAGAAGUCACACUUCCUCCAAAGUACAGGGAACUUUUGGCAAAAAAAGAAGGUAUCACAGUGCCUCCUCCAGACUCUUCGAAACCCAUGGGGCCCAAUGAUGCCAUAGAUGCUUUGUCAUCUGACUUCACCUGCAGUUCACCUACCGAUGCUGGAAAGAAAACUAAGGAAGAGAAAUCUACAGGAGAAGAGAUUUUAAAAGCCCAGCCAGCCAGGGUAACCAAAAGUGCUGCUUCACCCCAAGAGAAAAAAAGAAAGGUGGAGGAGCAGGACGCAAUGAGUGAUCAAGCACUGGAGGCUCUUUCAGCUUCUUUGGGCAGCCGGAAGCCAGAACCCGAGCUGGACCUCAGUUCCAUUAAGGAAGUCGACGAGGCAAAAGCCAAAGAAGAGAAACUAAAGAAGUGUGGUGAAGAUGAGGAAACUGUCCCAUCAGAGUACAGAUUAAAACCAGCUACGGAUAAAGAUGGAAAACCUCUAUUGCCAGAGCCUGAAGAAAAAUCCAAGCCCCUGAGUGAAUCAGAACUCAUUGAUGAGCUUUCAGAAGAUUUUAACCAGCCUAAAAGUAAAGGAGAACAGUCUAAGCCAACUGAAAAAACAGAAGAAUCUCAGGCUGCCCCCCUAACUCCUGUGAGCGAGGCUGUGCCUCGGACCUCCAUGUGUAGCAUACAGUCGGCACCGCCCAAGCCACCUACCUUGGAAGGCAUGGUGCCAGAUGAUGCUGUAGAAGCCUUGGCUGGUAGCCUGGGGAAGAAGGAAGCAGAUCCAGGAGAUGGAAAGCCUGUGGAAGAUAAAGUCAAGGAGAAAGCCAAGGAAGAGGAUCGUGAAAAACUUGGUGAAAAAGAAGAAACAAUUCCUCCUGAUUAUAGAUUAGAAGAGGUCAAGGAUAAAGAUGGAAAACCACUCCUGCCAAAAGUGCCCAAGGAAUCGCUUUUACCCAUGAGUGAAGACUUCCUUCUUGAUGCUUUGUCCAAGGACUUUGCUGGUUCCUCAAACACUUCACCUCUUGAAUUUGAAGAGGCUAACCUUCCUGCUGUCAUCUCUGAAGUGGUUUCCCAAACCCCAGCUCCAACCACGCACUCUGCUGGUCUACCCCCUGAUACUGUGCAAAGUGACAACAAAGAACUGGACGAUGCUUUGGACCAACUUUCUGACAGUCUGGGACAAAGGCAGCCUGAUCCAGAUGAGAACAAGCCGAUAGAGGAUAAAGUCAAGGAAAGAGCUAAAGCUGAACACAGAGACAAGCUGGGAGAAAGAGACGACACCAUCCCCCCUGAAUAUAGACACCUCUUGGAUAACGAUGAGGGUAAACCAGGAAAGCCACCUGCCAAGAAAACCAAGGACUCAAAGAAGCCUGAAGAUGACAAAGACCCCAUCGAUGCCCUGUCAGGCGACUUCGACAGCUGUCCUGCACCCACAGAAGCCUCAGAGAACACAGCAGAGGACAAAGCCAAGAGAACUGCUCCCAGCUCCAAAACACCGAAGAAUAGGGGUAAAGCAAAGGAUUCUGCAAAGGCAAAGCAGGAAACUUCCAAGCCCAAAGCUGAUGAAAAAAAUACAAGUUAAAGUUCACGCUAUUUGGUAUCGGCCUAUAAAAUCUUCAGCUGGUGGAUGGUGACUUUUGAAGGACAAAGGGCUUUGAACAACAGCAGUUUUUUUCUGGGUGGCUUCUAGACAGUGUUACUUGUCGAGUCUUGACAUCCUAAACAUUGGUUAUUCUUUUCCCAGAAAGAAAAUGAAUGUGUGUGGUUCAUCUGUGUUACUGUACUGAGUAUUGAUAAACUUUGAAUUUUUAAAAAUUGCCUUCAGUUGGGAGAGAUGGGAACUUUAUAUUUCUAUGAGAUAUAUUUGAUAGUUUCUUAAAGCAACACAUAAAAGAAGGAAAAUCCUUUGCAAACUUUUGCACAUUCUACACACAGUGCCUGUAAAUCUCCUUAGUAUUUCCGAUUGCACUUAAUUCUUGUUAGCAUUUGGAAAACAAUGCUUUGAACAUGUUUAAUGUCCUGAUUUCUCAUUACCCAUUUUCCUCUUGGGCUUUGGAACUGUAUUUGAUGUUUCUUUGGGUUAAUGUGUAUAAGUCAGACCUAAAGUAUUGUACAUUGGGCACAUAUAUUCUCUUAGGCUGCUAAUAAAUUAAUAGAUAACCUGGACAGACCAGGAUGCGCUGCACCCAGUACUCUUUUUUUUUUGCCAGAAGUUAGGACUUCUGUACCUUAGAGUCAGCAUAAAAGAUCCUGAGACUUGAAUCAAGUCAGAAGGGCAAAAUGCAGACUCUUUGUCUUGGAACGUAACAAGUUCUAAUAGUAAAAUCUAAUCCUUAAGACUGUUCAUAUGCCUUGACCUCCCUAGGGUUACUGUGUUAAGCUGUGCUUUCCAUUUCUGAUACAUAUAAGCAGAGCAGCAAUCAUGUGCUUAGAGCCAUUGCCACUUUAGUCUGUGCACUGUAUACCAUCUGGCUUUAUGGAAGUUAGGUUUACCAAAUACCAAAACUUCUACUUAAAAAAAAAAAAAAAAAAAAGCUACCUGCAAUUUAAAAAUCAACUUUUCUCCCACAGCAAUUCAAGAAGUAGGUUCCGAUGUCUACAACUUUGGUUUCUCAGAUCUUUUGGAAUGAAUUAUGAAUAUAGCACUGAUAUCCUUGGGGGGAGUUUGAUAAAUACUUCGUUUCUUGGUACUGAAUGCAGGAAAAGGUUAUCACAUACAUAUCCUAAAACUGGAGUUUGUGUCAGAGAGUACAGCCUUCCUUAGCAUGUAUUUUACAUUUUUGUUAGAACUUACUUGACUUCAGCAAAAAUAAUUAUCACCAAUACUGUCCUAAGGGGAGGGGAGGGCAGCAGAAAGAACAGCUGCUUGUAACGGAGCAUAAAUUCUGUUACUUCUCUUCAAAAAUUCUUUCUACAAUUCAUGAACACACCUAUAGGAUUUCAAACUUCGGCCAAAGUGCGGUGUAUCUAUCCCAUGAGAGAUGCAGGCAUUAUUCUAUUAUUCCAAAUCUGGGAAAUAGAAGCCAGUGUUAGGGUGACUAAACAGCAUUUUCAAGGCACUAACAAGGCCAAAAAAAAAAAAAAAAAAAAAAAGAAAGAAAGGAAAGAAAGAAAGAAACUGUUCCUGUGGGAUUUCAAUUGUAUUUCUAAUUCUUCUAAGUAGGUAGCAUAAAAGUUUUUUAUUUUGUUUAUGAAACCUUUGGCCUUCGCAGAUGUGUGUGUAGGGAAGUGGCUGCAGUAUUACUGAUUUCCAUGCAUAUAUAGAAGUACUUUUAAAUCCAAAGAUUUAAGACAUGCCUGUAAGAGUAAACACAAAAGGUACUGUAAGCGGGCCCUUUUGUGCAUUGGAAAGGUCUCCAAGACUUGGGUGUUUCCUGAUAAUUACUGAUGACUAGACUAAGCUAGAGAAUCAGAGUCCUCUUCUACGAUUCCGGUUAGGAGGAAAUCAUUGCAAAUGUCCGCUUCAAGGAAAAUAAAACAACUUUUAUUACCAAAGAGGUAUUUGCACAUUGUUGUAGCAAUAUUGUAUCUAUUUAGGAAAUGGACUUUCCCAAAAGCAAAUUAAAAUAGGUUCCUCAGUUGACCAAAAAUGAAAACCACUAUUUCCAUGUUUCAUUAAAUCAAAGUACAAAACACAAUUAAAAUAUUUUACAGUAAAA